AUGCCACAGGAAUUCCUAGUCGAGUCUCACAUCUCAGAUAAACAACUAUCAAACCAGUCGACGUCACUUGUCAUCCCCAAGAUAGCCCGGCUGAGGAUCCACAAUUCGAUGUAUUAUAAAAUUAAUUUGUAUCCCACCGGGCUACGAGGCAAUACUCUCAAGCAGUUGGUUCGGGUGCUAGUCCGCGACCUCGGUGCUUGCAAGCAUAGGUCCGGGCCUAUGCUCCAUAUAUGCGGCAAUACGGAGUUUCAGUGUCUGCUGAUGAAGGUCAUCGAGAUCCGGCCCACAUGGUCGCAGAUCUACACGCUGCUGCAGCUGGGCGACGAAAGAAAAACCGGGAAAUUCAACAACAAAUACAUUGCGGUGCUGAUCCUCGUAUAUCUGCGGAUCCAGUAUUAUUUCUUGGCCGACGAGAAGGCGGAAAGCUUUCCGCCGGAAGCGGAUGGGGACGUCACCGCUGCAAAAGUAAAGGCGCUGUUUGCGCACUUCCUCGCGGACUACAGGAAGGUGAAAUGUCUAGACCUCGAAGUUGACUGCUGGAGCGGUGCGACACAGAAAAGCGUGUCUGUCCAGCAUGUCGACGAAAUAGUUGACUGGUUGUGUACCAAAGACAGUAUAUGGGGCAUUCCGCUGGGGAGGUGCAGGUGGCUAGCGGAUGUGCUCGAGGCCGACGCCGAAGCAGCCGAAGGAGAGGACUAG